AUGCCUUACAUCGGCCAUCUCUGGCACCAGUGCUUCUCGACAAGGUCAAGGUCUAUGAGGCGCUCCUUGGCUCGCUCUCUACGACGGUAUUCCCACUCUGAUCGCCCUUCGAUCUGUGCUCGGCCCUCGUCCGCCCCUGUCCUUCAGUUCGGGCAUCUGCGUCUACUCUCAAGCACUCCUAGCAUCGUUGCAUCGGCUUCACCUUUGAGGACCAGCCGAGCCAUGUCGAGCGCACAAGCCGAGAGCAGCAGCGCCGCCACCGCCACAUCGACGCGCACGUACGACGAUGCGAUCGAGGCGCUCAACUCGCUGCAGAGCAACGCGGCGACCAUCGAGGCGCUGCGCAAGUCGGGCGGACGCCUGCUCGAUUUCGCCAUCCCAGAAAUGGUCGAGUAUCUGGAGCGCAUCGGCUACACCACCUCGGACCUCAACAAGCUCAACGCCAUCCACAUCACUGGCACCAAAGGCAAGGGCAGCACCUCGGCGUUUGUCGACUCGCUCCUGCGUCAGCUCACGCCCGUGUGCGCGUCCAAGCCGCCCAAGGUGGGGCUGUACACGUCGCCGCACAUGACGAGCGUGCGCGAGCGCAUCCGCAUCGACGGCGUGCCCGUGUCGCAGGAGCUCUUUACAAGCUACUUUUGGCAGGUGUGGGAUCGCCUGGAACAGAACCCCACGCGCAAGUUUGACCUGACGCCGCUGCGGCCCGUCUACUUCCGCUUCCUGACGCUGCUGGCGUUCCACAUCUUUAUCAGCGAGGGUGUGCAGCCGGUGAUCCUCGAGGUGGGCAUCGGCGGCAAGUACGACUCGACCAACAUCGUGCCGCGGUGCGUGGUGGCGGGCAUCACGCAGCUCGGCCUGGACCACACGGCGAUCCUGGGCAACACGGUGGAGGAGAUCGCAGUGCAGAAGGCGGGCAUCUUCAAGCAAGGCGCACCCGCAGUGUGCUGGGCACACCAGCCCGGGUCGGCGGUGGACGAGGUGCAGCUCGUGGCGAGCGAGGUGGGUGUGAGCGGGUUGCGCAUGGUCGAUGUGCAUCCUGCGCUCGUAGCGGGUGCACCACAGAGCGUGCAGCUCGGACUGCCUGGUGUGCACCAGCGCACCAACGCCAGUGUGGCGCUCGAGCUCGUCAAUGCCUACCUCGAGUCCCAGGCGGGUCGCUCGGCGUACACGGAGCUUGCGCACCGCGGAGCGGCAGGAGAGUUGGCUGCAUGGCAGAGGAAAGGGCUGGAGGAUGCGAGGUGGCCGGGUCGAUGCCAGACGGUGCCCAGUGCUCGUUCGGAUGCGGCGCUGACGUGGUACCUGGACGGCGCACACACCACCGACUCGCUCAGCGUCUGCCUAGGCUGGUACACGGCCACGCAGCAGCAGCAGGGUCAAAGCAGGCGCAAGAAGCGCAUCUUUGUGUUCAACUGCACCAACGGUCGCAACGCUCACGAGCUGCUCUCGUCGGUUCUCGAUGCAGUCGAAGCAAGCCUGCGUGGUGGUGAAGAAGCGGCGUCGACCAAGGCGGGCACGGAUGGCUACGCGCUGGCCAAGGACUACUUUGACGAGGCCAUCUUUACCACCAACAUCACGUUUGAGGGUGGCGGCUGGUCCUCCGAGCUGACGUCCAAGCUGCUCGACGAUGCCGAGCUUGUGAAUCUCACGGUGCAGAAGCAGCUCGCCGAGACGUGGAAGCAGCUCGUUCCCGGCUCGUCGACCGAGGUGCGCAUCACGCCCAGCAUCCAGGCGCUGCACAACCACGUGGUCGAGCUAGCGCAGAAGCAGCAGGGCCAGGCGGGGAGCGUCGAGUGCCUCGUCACCGGAUCGCUGCAUCUGGUGGGUGGCGUCAUGGCGCACCUCCAACACAGCGGCUGCCUCGACGAUCGACUCGUCUCCACCCAACAGCAACAGCAACAGCAGCCACAGCAGCACCAGCACCAGCACCAGCACCAGCAAACUUUCACCACGCCCCCUCGUCAGCCCGCUUCGCUCCGUUCGCCCACCAUUCUCACCUCCGACCUCCCCGGCCAGCCCGGCUUCUCCUCCCAAAACCACCCACACUCCCCCAACUCGCUUGGUCAAAGCGCCGCCGCACGCUUCGAGCGCUUCUUCCCUUCCUCCCCCAACACGUCCAGCUCCAACCCUUCCUCCGCAGGCCAAACCUUCACCAGCUCCAUCGGCUCCGCCGCCGGUCUCGCCACCAACAGCGCCUUUGGCUCCUUUGGUCACAGCCUCGCUCCAGGCAGCAUGAACGCAUCCAGCAUCGGCUCCGGCCACUUUGGCUCCUCCCACAACGGCCCUCGCAAGGCUUCCAGCCGCGCCGCCAUCCCCGCACAGUGGAGCUCCCAAGACCCCUCCGCACUCAGCACCGCUCCCUCGGGCACAUCGCCACCCAAAAGCAACAACCCGCUCCUCCAAGCCUACCCCGCACACGACGCCAACGCACUCGCAUCGGGCGACGACGACGUCAUCCCCACCGCCAUCGUCGUCAAAAACAUCCCCUUCAGCGUAAAGCGCGAGCAGCUCCUCGAGAUCAUCGGGGAUCUCGGUAUCCCCAUGCCAUACGCCUUCAACUACCACUUUGACCAGGGCAUCUUCCGCGGCCUUGCCUUUGCCAAUUUCCGCAGUGCAGAGGAGGCCGAUGCCGUCGUCGCAGCGCUCAACGGCUUCGACGUGAGCGGUCGCAAGCUGCGCGUCGAGUACAAAAAGGUGCUCCAAGCCGGCGAGAAGGAGCGCAUCGAAAAGGAAAAGGCCAUCAAGCGCAUGCAGAGCAUGCAGCUCGAAAAGGAGAGGGAGCGCGAGCGUCGUCGUCAUCAGGACGAUUAUGCCGCCAACGCCUACCUCAUGCCCGGCUUUGGCAGUGCCAACGCCGCCGAUGCAUAUGCGCUCGAUGCCGGCGCCCACCAGCCAGCUUUUGAGCAGGGCGUGCGUGCUCCGCUCACCGCAGACUCGCUGCGCAAAGUGCCAUCGUCCCAGCACCUCUCGGCCGGCGCAGGUCGUCCUGCCGGUCCACCUUCGUCGUCCAGCAACCCCACCGCCGCGGCGGCCAACGGUGCCGCUGGCGCUGCUGGCGCAGCAUCGGCAAAGAAGGAGGAGUUGGAUCUCAACGAUGCUGCGACGCUCGAGAUCUACUCGCGCGUGCUGCUCUUCAAGGACGACCGCAUGCGCGACGAGCUCGCCUUUUCGCGCAGCCUCACGCCCAUGGAGCGUCGCACCGUGCAUCUCGUCGCCCAGCGACUCGGGCUCUUCCACUACUCGCUCGGCGACGGCGACGAGCGCUACGUGAUUGUGACCAAGAACGAGGUGAGUGCGCCCGCGAGGCCGUUGCGCUCGCAGGCGUCGACCAUCGGACGCACGCAUCGCACAGCAGGCUUGGACGGCGCCUCCACCGGCGGCUUCUUGGGUCCGGGCAGUGCAGCUACGACGGGUCGUGCCGGACUGCGCAUGAAGAAGUCGGCGCCCGAUAUGAAGCGCGGUCUUGGCGGCGAUCGCGAUGGUGCCGGCUACGCCAGUCACGGUCAUGGCGCAGGAAUGGGAGGCGCACUGUCGGCGCACCGAUCCAACACCAACCUCAGGGACGGGUAUUCGUCGACCAUGGGGCGUCGGACGCAGGCGAGUGCUGCGGGUGGGGCCGCGGGUUUGCAAAACUUGUUUGCCCAGUCUGAUGCGGCGCCGUCGUCGCAGAGCGGCACCGAGUCGUCGAGCCACAACUCUUCGCCCACGCAUUCGAGCCUGCUACGUCAGCCUCGCGGCCCGCCUGCGCCGGGUACGGAUCUGCGCAACUUUGCGGUGAGGUCCAGGGUCUCGACCAACUCGAGCAACAGCAGCGCCCUCCCCGUCGUCACCCCACCCACUGCGCCCGUGGGCGGCUUCCAGCUGCAUAUCAAUGGAAGCCCCUCCAAGGCUCACAACGCAUACCCCGGCUUGGACCACCUGGAAGCCACAUCGCACCAGCCACUCGAGUUUUGA